AUGGGACAAUUCCCGCAGGGUCCUCCUAUCAAAGUGAAUCUUCAAAGUAAGUGUUUGGAUUGUCAAGUGAAGCUGAAGAAAAAGUUGCAGAAGAUGAGUGGGGUGCAUGAUGUCCACAUCGUUCCAGAACAAGGUGGCACAGUAACAGUUUCAGGUAGCAUAGACUCGAAGUUGCUCAUGGAGGUGAUCCGAAACAAUUACAAGGAGGCCAAGUUACUCUGCCCAUUUGAAAAGAAUGAACCCUCGAAAAAUGCAGUGUGCCAACAAAUGUCUUGCUCUGAUGAUGAAAGUGAUGAUAGCAAGGACGAUUACCCUGGCCACAAUUUUCCUGCAAAUAACAAGCCCGACAAUGAUGAUGCUGGCUCAAUUAGUGAACCCAAGAAAGAUAAGAAGACAAAAAUGUGUGGAAUAAUGAGAUGUUUUGGCAAGAAAAGUAACCCUACGCCCAUUCGUCCACCUCCUCCUCGACCAAAACCUGAGCCUCGGCUGCCCCUCAUGGGAAUUCCGGCCAAUGGGGUUUUCCAGGGGCCGCUAAUUAGGCCAGCAUUUCGACCAGGGAUGCCAUGGAUGCCGCCAUAUGGGCCACCGCCACCGCCGUAUGUAUGGAGGCCGGAAUUGCCUACGGCCUUCGGAUAUCCUUUCCAGAGGUCGCCGCCAAGAUCGAACCCUAUGGUUCAUUACACCGAUUAUAGAGACAACUACCGUUAUCAUUGA